AUGACGAAUAGAGUCGAAGUCAGGGCGCAGGUGUAUCGCCAGCCAGGUUUGCCAACACAGCACCGAAAUCGCGUACUGUUCGCAUUGUCGCCAGCUGCAAGUGCGACCGUCCCCGCUUCCUCUCCACGACUCCGUGCGACCUGUGUCGCGUCGUUCACCCUGGCUUCCGCGACAAGUUCAGAGGUGUUCACUGUUCAACCACCACGAGCGAAUCGCAGCAGUCGCAUGCGCCCUGCUGUUUCCAGAUCGCCCCUUCCCUUCCGCGUACCGCCAGCAGCAGUACCCUUCGUUCGGUCCUACCUGCGAGAAACCGAAACAAGAUUGACUCAACGCGUAGUCGCCCACCAAUCACACGGCAAAUCCCCCCGUUCUCCGACGCAGCUCUCGUCGCCCACCUAG